AGAUCUGAACACAUGUAUUGUGAUACUUACGCCAUUUAGACGAGGGCACUAUUAGAUUAUGUACGGUACAAAGUUUCCACGAAGCUGAAGUUGUUCCAGUCGCUGACGCUAGGAGCUGUCCGUGGUACUGAAACGGCAGUGCUCAGCCUUGGAGGUGCUGACGGCACUCCAAGCGAGCAGUUGGCUUAGUGAGCGCCGAGGUGCCCCGUUCUCCGCUUCUUCUCCGAUUACAAUUACAAACCUGAGCAGAAGUAUCCCUCGCGCGGGAGCGCGUGCGUCGGAGAUCCUACUGCAAGUGGUUUUCGGAGCGUUGGCGCCUCGCUUAUGUUUGUUAGGAAAGUGUUUUAACACAAGGACAUUAUUCUGUAAAAGGAACCCACUGCCGAAAGCAUGAACACGGCAAUAUAUUACAGACCAAACAUGGUCGUUCUGGUGCUGACUGUAUUUGCGGUUGUGGUUAUCGCACGGGGGCAAGGUUCUGCUGUGAUACAUAAGUUGGCAGUGACUCACAAAGGAAGCCUAGUGGAUUCAGUGGACAGCACGCACGAGCCGUACAGAGGCGUGCCUCUGGUCACUACCGCGCCUCCGUUCACUGGCCUCAACCACCACCCUCCGUUUAAGCCCCUCCCCCGAGGUGAGCUGCACCACCGGGGCCAACAGCAGGUUGGUGGUAGGGGAGGGGCGGAGCCGCGACUCACCGAGGGCCCUCCCACUCAUCUGGUCCCCCACGAGGAGGCAGCUCCGUUCUCUGACGUAGCCGCCGCCAGUCUCACCACGCCAGGGCUCUCCGCUGGUGCCGUGGGUCAGACGCGGAGGAGGAGACCCGAGGAGACGUCCACCGUGCUGUCCGCCACGGUCACGCGGGCAGGCCGCGGCGACAGCGAGACUACGCGGGAGCCCCAGCACGUAACUAUGCUGCUGAUGGGAGGAAAAGGCGAGACGCCAAAGACCAGGGUGGAGCACGACACGCCCAUCGUUCCUGGCAUCGCGGUGACAUCACUGGCAGAUCUGAAUGAUAAGAGCAGCAGUAGAAGCAGCUCCAUUAUAACUCCCACUCAGACACCAGCCGCGUGCAGAGGCAGUUUCACGGCACCAGGGGGCUACAUAGAGGCCCCGUCGCAGGGCAGCUGGCCCCACACUAAUGCUGACUGCACCUACACCGUGACCGUCUACAUGGGCUACGGCGUGGAGAGUCAGGUGGUGAACGUGAGCCUGGCCGAAGGGGACACGGUGCGCUUCGAGGACGCGGGUGGGCGCAAGCCGUCUGUGCUGGCCAACGAGUCCAUCCUCAUCAAGGGCCUGGUGGUGCGCAGCUACAGCAACCAGAUCUCCGUCCACUUCCGCAGCCGCCGGGCCCCGCCCGGCUCCUUCCUGCUCCGCUACCAAGCGUUCGUGUUGAGCUGCAACUUCCCUGAGCGGCCGGCCUACGGGGACGUGUCUGUGAGCAGUCUGCAUGCCGGAGGACAGGCCUACUUCUACUGCUUCACAGGCUACCAGCUGCAGGGCCCGUCCACGCUUACUUGCCACAAUGCCACCACGCCCUACUGGAGCGGGAAAGAGCCCCAGUGUCUGGCGGCGUGUGGGGGGAUGGUGAAGAACGCCACGCUCGGCCGCAUCGUUUCCCCCGGUUUCCCUGGCAACUACAGCAGCAACCUGACGUGCCACUGGGUGCUGGAGGUGGCAGACGGCCAGCGACUGCACGUGCACUUUGAGAAGGUGGCGCUCGCCGAAGACGACGACAGGUUGCUGAUCAAAAACGGGAACAACAUCGACUCCUCGACGCUCUAUGACUCGUACGAGGUGGAAUACCUACCCAAUGAGGGCGUUGCCAGCUCCUCCCGAUAUCUCUUCAUCGAGUUCACCAGCGAUGGUUCGGGCACCAACACGGGAGUGGCUAUCCGCUUUGAAGCAUUUGCGCCAGGCCAUUGCUACGAGCCCUUCGUCAAGUAUGGUAACUUCACCAGCAGUGACAGCACUUAUCCGGUGGGCACAGUAGUGGAGUUCAGCUGUAACCCUGGGUACACUCUGGAGCAGGGAGCCGUCAUCAUCGAGUGCAUGGACCCCGACAACCCACAAUGGAACGAGACUGAGCCUGCCUGCAGAGCGGUGUGCAGCGGGGAGAUCACGGACUCCGCGGGAGUGGUUCUCUCUCCUAACUGGCCCGAGGCCUACGACAAGGGCCAGGACUGCAUCUGGGGCAUCCACGUGGAAGAGGACAAGCGCAUCAUGUUGGACAUCCAAGUCCUGCACAUGGGGAAGAACGACCUCCUGACCUUCUACGACGGAGACGACCUGACCGCCAAGAUACUUGGCCAGUACAGCGGCUCACGGCCACGCUUCAAGCUCUACACGUCCACAGCCGACGUCACCGUCCAGUUCCAGUCGGACCCGGCAACCAACAUCUACGGCUACGACAAUGGCUUCGUGGUGCACUUCUUUGAGGUCCCUCGGAAUGACACGUGUCCAGAGCUACCUGAGAUCGCGAAUGGCUGGAAGACCACAUCUCACCCCGAGCUGGUGCACGGCACAGUGGUGACCUACCAGUGUUACCCUGGCUUUGAGGUGGUGGGCACUGAAAUGCUGAUGUGUCAGUGGGACCUGACGUGGAGCGGAGACCUGCCCACUUGUGAAAGAGUGCUCUCAUGUCCAGACCCUGGUUUGGUAGACCACAGCCGCAGGGUGAUGUCAGGACCGCGGCUCAUUGUAGGCUCCACCGUGCAGUACAUCUGCAAUAAGGGCUACUCGCUGUCUGGCAACAGCCUCCUCUCCUGCUACCACCGGGGGUCCACCGGGCCCAAGUGGAGCGAGAAGCCGCCCAGAUGUGUCCCUGAUGCAUAUGAACCGUGCAGGAAUCCCGGCACCCCUGCGUUUGGUGUCCAGGUCUCAGUGAAGCAGGUGUACCAGCCAGGAGAGACGCUGAGAUUCUCCUGCCUCAGCAGUUACAAGCUCCUGGGGGAGGCGGUUCUGCGCUGUGUCCCUGCUCACCCCUCCAGGUGGAGCCACGCCCUGCCCGUCUGCAAAGCAACGACUCUGGAGUACAUAAAUGAACGCAGGCUGGACGUCGCCAGGGCCGAUUUCAGCAUGGAAGGAGUCAACAUGACCAUCGCCGUCUUCAUCCCCGUGGCGAUUAUCAUGCUAAUCGUCAUGUCCAUAUACAUCUACUAUUCGAGGGUGCAGGGGAAGCCCCUCCGGCUGCCUCUGUCAGCAUCGCCGCAGUACAACCAGAUCCGGGGCGAGAGCGCUUUCGAGAACCCCGCCUACGAGACCACAGUCUCUCGCUGUGUCUCUCUGUGUCUCUGCAUCCCUGAAGAACAGUGAGGACACCAGGGAGUACGAGGUCUCCAUUUAGGCACUCUGCUAACGUUUGCUCCGAGGACCGUCACACCGUCUUUUCCUUGUGGAAGUUCCCCCUGCUUCUUUUGUAGCCUCCGCUGGUCUUCGAGUGGUCCCAGCCUCCCUGAUCCUUCCCUGUCCCGGUCUGCUGUAAAUACCCCGAUCGUCCCAGAACUUCCACAAUGUGCAGCGACGCGUGCGGAGACCGUGAGCUUAUUUUUGUAGAGAUUCAGCAGCAGUGAUAAGGCAGCGGGGCGUGUACAGUUUUUAAUCAAACAAUGGAGGCAGCAGAGUGAGAGACAUUGCCAUUCGGUCUGUUGAUGUCUCACUAUAAGGAUUGUUUUUGGAUUUCCUUGACAUUACUGUCAUUUAUGUUUUUUCAGUCUUGUUGCUUCACAUCUACAGAGAAGCUGUGAUGAAACAUUCAGAGCAGUGAAAAAUUAAGCCUUUAAUUUCUGAAACUAAAACUAUGUAAUCUGACUGUGGUAAGGAAGUUAAUUUGAAAAAGAAAACUGUCACAAAGAUUUAUUUUAUUUUAUUUUGGCAAAUAAAGGUCUGCAUGUUUUAGAAGUUUGUUUUGUUUCCAUGCUUUCAGGUUCAGGUAGACUUGUGUUUGUUACCUUUGAACAAAGCUGUGAACAGUGAAGGCCAAGAAGUUAAAUGAGUUAAAACAAAAGUUAAAAACUGGUCUGUGAAAAUGUUAUUCUGGCAUUAAACUCAUGUGAAAGUAUUGGAAGUUUCAAAGCUAGCGUUAUUAAGAUAGGAAGAUUAAUGUCCAAACCAGAAAAUUCCAAAACACACAAUAGCUGUGAUUAAAAAAAUAGCACUUAACAGUGUCAUUGUCUGAUAUGUAUUUAUAAUAUCCUGACAUCCUAGUCUAGGACUGCUUCUGGGUCUAAGGGUGGCACUGUUUAUUAAGAUAGGAAGGGGGGCACUGUUUAUUAAGAUAGGAAGGGUGGCACUGUUUAUUAAGAUAGGAAGGGGGGCACUGUUUAUUAAGAUAGGAAGGGGGGCACUGUUUAUUAAGAUAGGAAGGGGGGCACUGUUUCUGUGCUGCCUGGUCAGCAAGAACAGUAAAAUUACAGUGGUUAAAUGUUGUCCCAUGCAACAAUAAUACCUGUUUAAGUAUUUUUGCAUGCUGAAUUCAAAUAUCUUUUCAGAUUUUAUGUCUCACCCAGUUGUUGUGUUUCAGUAUACUGGCACCAAAUACAGGUGAAAAUCACACACCUGUACAUUUCAGAAUUGUUUUUGCACUUUUAAAGUGUAAUAACAGCCUUAUGCUCUAUCACUUGAAAACUAUGCCUGAGAAAUUCUAAAAACAGUUUGAAUUCAGCAUAAAAAAGUAUUAUAUGCUCCAUCUCUUUGAGCCUGUGGAACAAAAACAACAUUCAAACACUGUUGCCCAGUGUUAUGAGUUCAUUUCUGUGUUUGUCCCCCUCCCUGAAAAAAAAUCUGGAUGAAAUGUUUUUGUGGUCCCGUCAUUAAUUUAAUCAUAUUUUUUAUACGUUUUAUACACAGUUAUGACCAGCCAAUGCCAUCAAAUAUUCUUAAGCUAUAAAUAUUUAAUGUACAUACAAUUUUACUGCUUACAUGUAUUAUAAACUAUGAUUCUUUUCUUCAGUUAUCUACUGUUCCAUACCACUAAAAGUAAUCUUAAACGAUCUUGUACACAUUUUCGGGAUAAGUGUUUUUUCUGACUUACAAAUUGUCAUGUUAAUGUUACCAGCAAUAUCAUUUUAAUGAUAUCAACGAUUUGCCAUUUACACGUUACCCUAUUUCCCUACAUACUGCAGUGUUCCUUCCUGUGAAUGUGUCAACCAGUGUCUUGAAUGGUAUUUCAAGGAACCAUUUCACAUUAAACACUAUUUUAAACAUUAUUUCCACUGUGGUGUGUGUGUGCCAUGUGACUAGUACUAUACGUGCUUCUUGGGUUAUAUGGACACUGCAGUUUUACAAAGAAGUGAACAGUGAUUUGAUUUGCUAUCGAUCCAAAGGAAUGGGUAGAAUAUGUUACCCAUGCUCACUGAUAAAUACAUCCACAGCUCUAUAUAUUAUAAGCUGAAAGAUGUUUUGUAGCUUAAAUGUAUUAUUGUUAGUAAACAACAAAGAAGUUGCACUCGAUGUAUUGGCUCUUACAUGGAUAAGAAGGUUGUCCUUACCUCAGUCCCUGUCUAAAAGGAAUUGUAUUCUAAAUGUUAAUGUGCACAAAUUGGCAUUUAAAAUAAAGUGCAGUUUUAGGAUCAAUCUAGAACACCUCUUUCCAUUACAACCAACGGGGGGUCCUAAAAACGUAGAAAUGACAAAGAUGACCUGACUUUCUGUUUUUGAUUAAUUGUAUUAUGUAAUAAUCUGUCAUAUAAGAGGACCUCGUCAAUAAUAAAAAUAUACCCUCUGAAGUCCA